AUGGCCAAGACAAGUAAAGGUUGCAUUGUGUGGCAGUGGAAUUGUCGAAGCUUGGCUCCGAAGAGGGGACACCUUCACCAGUACCUACAAUCCCUACCACCAGAACGCAAACCAGACGUUUUGGCCAUACAAGAAACGUGGAAGGCCAUCACCAUUCCGGGAUACCAAGCCUUUAAUCACACCAACUCAUCAGGGGUCGUACGAGUCACCACGCUAGUGCGACGGAACCUACCAGCACAACUUCAUUCAACCGGCAUCGAAAACAUCGAGCACACUUUCAUCGAAAUCUUGGCGGGCAAGAAGAAGAGCCAUCGCAGCACGUUCAUCCUCAAUGUAUACAGUCCUCCGAAGGCACGACACUCGUUUCACCAGCUCCUGCGCGCCGCCAUAGACAUGGCCAAGGGAAAAGCUCUGCUCAUCGUUGGAGACUUUAACGCACCACACAUGUCAUGGGGCUAUCCGCGGGACAGCGCUAAGGGUCGGCAGCUUUGGCAGGACAUUGCCACCCUGGGACUGGACCUACUUACAGACCCGACGCAGCCAACUCGGAAAGCCACGGGCGGAUACAAAGACACAUCACCAGACCUCACACUCGGUCACUGCUUGGACGCAGAAUGGCACAACACCCUGGAAACUCUGGGCAGUGACCACUAUAUCCUCAACAUCCUCCUGAGACGCGGCCCUACGAAGCCCAUGGGAAGGCCUCUGCGAGUGGUCGAGUGGGACACUUUCAGGCAGGAGCUUGACGAAGUGGACCGAGACGGAGAGAUCAAGGACCUGGAUCAGUGGACCGCAGGCAUCAGAGAAGUUGAAGCCUCAGCCACAAGAAACAUUCCCGAGGAAGCAAAUCUGACCGCGGCGGACAGUCGGCUCCUGCACCUAUGGGAAAUGAAGACAAACCUUGAGGCACGCUUAAGGCGAAAGAAAGGAAAUCGUCGGCUACGCAAGCGAAUCGCAACAUUGUACAAGACCAUCGAGAGUCACGCCACCUAUCUCACAACUAAGCAAUGGGAAGACACCUGCAACGAGUUCGAAGGAGCUCCCAACACUCCAAAGACGUGGAACAUCCUUCGACAUCUCCUCGACCCCGGACAAAGCCGAACCACAGUCCGAAAUCAGAUGGAGUGUAUCCUGAACUCAUUCAAGGGAGAUGGAAACGAGCUUGUCCAAGAAGUACAAAACAAGUAUAUCGGACGAGCUCCGCCAACACCUGCGAUGGAAUACACGGAUGUCAUUCGCCUUAUCAAAGCCUUCGUGAUUAGCCGGAUUGCCUACAUUGCACCCUUCCUGGACUUGACACUCACGGAGAGGGAUGCCAUCGAUCGCAUCAUCCGCUGCGUAUACAAGAAAGCGCUUCACCUAACACCUUCAACAGAGACCAAGCGACUCGAGAAGCUUGGGCUUCACAACACCCUCUCGGAAAUCAUUGAGGCACAGAGGAUAGCCCACUAUGAAAGGCUAUCUCUGACCACAGAGGGAAGAACCAUCCUCACAUCUUUGGGCAUCAACUACCACCCAACAGGGCACAGUACGCGAGGCUGGCUUCCAAACGAGCUACGCGAGCAACUAAAGAUUUCGCCUCUGCCUCGUCACAUGUAUCCAGUGCACGACGCAGGCAGACGCAUGGCCAGAGUGAAGGCUCUGGAGAACACUCUACAGCAAGGCUACGACGACUCCGAGGUGACCUAUGUCGACGCAGCCUCAGCUGACAGGGGUCGAAUGACCCUUGCAGUUACGAAUCGCUCCGGCCAAAUCCUCACGGCAGGCAGCAUGUACACCAGCAACAGUGCAGAGGCAGAGGAGGCAGCCAUCGCCUUGGCCCUCACCCUCAGCACCACGAAAGUCAUCGUCAGUGACUCCCAGAUGGCCAUCCGCCAGUACAUGCGUGGUCACAUCUCUGACAAAGCCCUCAAGAUCGCCACUGGUCAUCGUCUGAUUGACCACCCAGUCCGCAUACUGUGGUCUCCAGCCCAUGCGUCACUCCCAGGCAACGAGAGUGCUCACAGUGCAGCCUGCGCUCUUACCAACCGGGCUAGCACACCAAGUGAGCACUCGACCUCCGCCACGUGGAACCACGACAACCUCUACACCUUUAAGGGGGUGCUGGACCACUACCGAGUAGAACGCCGAGCCUACCCAGAGGCUCACAGCACUCUCAACAAGGCAGAAUCCACCAUCCUCCGUCAAGUCCAGACGGAGACCUUCCUCAACCCGGCGCAGUUGCACUCGUGGUACCCAGAUACCUACGACCCGUCUUGCAGGAACUGUGGCGAGAUCGCUACACUCCACCAUAUACUCUGGGGGUGUCCGGAGCUGCUUCUUCAUUCGAAGAAUAAGGAGUUCAUCAAGCAAGCCAGGCAACCAGGCGCCUGGGAAUCCUUCCUGCGGGAUCCUGACCCCACGACUCAGAAAAUUCUAGUCCAGCUGGCCUCGGACGCCGCCGGGAACAUCGCGUUUCGUCUGUCGACCGAAUGGAUCGCUUCGUCAAGGGUCUCUCCCUAA